UGAUUCAGUAAUUCGGCUUGCGAUUAAAUAGGGACCCGUUUUAAAUUUAUCUUUCAAUUGUGUUAUAAAUAUAAUUUUUUAAAAUAACCCUUAGAUGUCAAAAGAUGCUGCGAUCAAAGAAUCAGAUCAGUUAACAGAAGAAAAUUAUUAUUUGCAACGUAGACAGAAGAUACAAGAAAUGAAAGAGGAAAAUAUCAAUGUUUAUCCUCAUAAGUUUUUUAUGACUCAUUCUACUAAGAAAAUUGUUGAAAAAUAUAAGGUGGCUCAAAAAAGUGUGCAAACUGAGGAUAAAGUCUCUGUUGCUGGUAGGAUUAUGUCAAUAAGAGAUCUCGGUUCUAUUAUUUUUAUGAAUCUUCUUUAUGAUGGUGUGACUUUGCAAAUUGUUUGUUCUUCGACUUGUCAAGAAAAAAAAGAAGGAUUUUCUAAUAUAAAACGUGGUGAUAUUGUUGGUUUAACAGGUGUUGUUGGUUGGACAAAGACUGGACAGCUCAGUGUUUUUACUGAAGAUAUUACGCUUCUUUCACCAUGUGUUCGAACAUUACCAAGUGAAUAUUACGGUUUAAAGGCAUCAGAAACAAUUUAUAGAAAAAGAUAUUUAGAUUUGGUGAUGAACUCUGAAUCUAGACAGAGAUUUCUUACUAAAAGUAAAAUUUAUAACUAUUUAAGAAAUUAUUUGAAUGAGAGAGAUUUUAUAGAGGUGGAAACACCGAUGAUGAAUCAGAUUGCCGGCGGUGCAGCUGCAAAUCCUUUUGUGACAUAUCAUAAUGAUUUAAAGAUGAAUCUUUACAUGCGUGUCAGUCCAGAAUUGUAUUUGAAGGAGCUUAUUGUUGGUGGAAUGGAACGAGUGUAUGAAAUCGGCCGACAAUUCAGAAAUGAGGGUAUCGAUCUUACACAUAAUCCAGAAUUCACAUCAUGUGAGUUUUAUAUGGCAUAUGCUGAUUAUAACGAUCUUAUGGAUAUGACUGAAGAAUUUUUGCGUGGAUUGGUAAAGAGUUUGUUUGAUGGAAAUACUCAGGUGCUAUACCAUCCAGAAAAGAGAGAAAACAGACCUGAUCCUGUUACAAUCGAUUUUGGUCCUUCUUUUAGACGAAUUGACAUGCACUUUGAGGCACUUUCAAAGGCCACUGGCAUUGAAUUGACAGGUGAAAAUGUUGAAUCUAAGCAUCAAGAAUUGUGUGAAUAUCUUGAUAAAAAUUCUUUUGUCUGUGAGGAACCACGAACACUUGCAAGAGUUCUUGACAAACUUGUAGGUGAAUACAUAGAACCAGAUUGCAUCAAUCCUACAUUUAUAAUCAACCAACCUGUUAUAAUGUCUCCUUUAUCAAAGGUGCACCGAUCUAAACCAGGUUUGACUGAAAGAUUUGAGUUAUUUGUAAAUGGAAAGGAAAUCGUAAAUGCCUAUACGGAAUUGAACGAUCCUGCAGAGCAACGCCUAAGAUUUUUAGAACAACUUAAGGACAUAGAGGCCGGUGACACAGAGGCAAUGGAAAUGGAUGAAGAUUUUUGUGUCGCACUCGAAUACGGUCUGCCACCUACCGGAGGAUGGGGAAUCGGUCUUGAUAGAUUAACAAUGUACCUUACAAAUGCUGCUAACAUUAAGGAUGUGCUAUUCUUCCCAGCGAUGAAACCUGAGAAUUAAAGCAGUUUUGUUUUUUUCAAAAAUUUUCUUUUUUUCAGAUUUUCGUAUUUUUUAAGUUCAAUUUGACUCGAAAAAAAAUCACAAAUAGCAAAUUAUUUUGAACCCUUAGAAAUGGUGAAAAAGGACCAGAAGGUAUUUUUCCAAUCAGAUAUUACAGUUGAAGAGGAAUACGAUCUUAUAUUUGGCAAUUCUAUAAAAGAUGAGCAAAAAGAAGUUCCUACACUCCUUUUUGGCAACAAAUUGCUUCCUACAUCUGAUAAUCUAACCGCAACAGAUUUUUUAUGUAAAUUGUCCACAAAAUAAUCUUGCCGAGUCAAUUUUGACAGCUUUGAUGACAAAUUCCUUAUUUUUCACAAUGAUUGAAGAUGUCGAGGAUAAAAUCAAUCAUACACGUGUUUAUACACCGUUCUUGUGCAAACUUGUUCAUUUCAAAAAAUGUCUACAAUCUUUUUGUCAUAAUACGGCAGAGGGCUCAGAAAAAGAAGAUACACAUUCAAAUAUCAAUACUGAGUCACCAACAAGAAAGAAGAACAUUUGCAGAAAUCCUUUUGCUUAUGAUACGACAAUGGCAUCUUUAGGUAAUCAACCAUCUGAGAUUUAUAGAAGUAUCACAAAAAAGGCACAUUCUGAUUUCAUUUCCACUCGUUAUUUUGAACAAGAGGACUGGAACUCGUCACAAAAGAAAAUUUACAAAUUUGAUAAGAAACUUUUAAAGGAAUAUUCACCUAUUGUAGAAAUUUUUCAUGGUGAAUAUGAAGGAAAAAUCCAUAAACAACCAUUUAAAAUAACGAAAGACACUAUUCAGUUACAGCCUGAUACUUUUAAAAAGGACCGUAAAGAAAGUAAGAAAACUUACGCCACUCCACAUCUAAAAGAACCUGGAGAGCUUCUUCAAGAAGAGCACAAAAGAAGAAACCUCGUCACAAUCAGUGAUUGUUUAGAACAUGCAUUGGCAAUCGAGAAUAUAGAAAUAUCAAAAUAUCCUUUGAUACUCGUUUUAACCUCCGAUGCCGAUCAUUUGAUAAGAUUAUCAGAAAUAUUACAAUUAAACAAAAGAAAUUACAACUUGACCAGUUUUUUAACGAAAGAGGAGAACAAAACAGUUUUAUAUUCGAAAAAUAAUAAAAAUGAAUGGAGCA